AUGAUGUACAGCGUCGCUCCAGGAGAUGCUACCAAAGAUCUCCCUCUUUCGGGCAUUCGCGUACUCGAAAUAGGCCAAGUCAUUGCGGGGCCUUUCUGCGGCCAACUUCUUGGGCACUAUGGCGCAGAAGUCAUCAAAGUGGAACCACCGAACGUAGGGGACCCACUGCGCGUCUGGCGUGAGCUAGACGUCGAUGGGGUCAGUCCUUGGUGGCGGAGCAUUGCUCGCAACAAGAAGAGUGUGACGAUAGACCUUCGGAAAGAGGAAGGCAGAGAGUUGAUCAGGAAACUAGCUAUCAAAAGUGAUGUGCUACUCGAGAACUUCAAGCCCGGAACCCUGGAGAAAUGGAAGCUUAGCCCUGAAGACCUACAUCCGCACAAUCCGUCCCUCAUCUUCACGCGGGUCAGUGGGUACGGGCAGACAGGUCCAUGGGCUUCCCGUCCAGGAUACGCAUCUGUCUGCGAGGCACAGUCCGGCUUCCGCUAUAUCAACGGUCACCCGGACCCAGAGACGGGCAUGCUGGAUGGCCCACCUGUCCGCCCGAACAUCAGUCUUGGAGACUCUGUUGCAGGACUCCAUGCUGCGCUCGGAACGGUGCUCGCGCUUCUGUCUAGAACGGCGAAGGAGGCUCGGGGCCUGGUCGGAGGGCAGACGGUGGAUGUGAGCAUUCUAGAAAGCAUGAUGAACCUGACGGAGGGAAUUAUACCGGAAUACGACCGCAAGGGCAAGAUCCGCGGGCCCUCUGGAUCCUCAAUCACAGGGAUCGUCCCGACGAAUGCCUAUCCUUGCAAGCCCUCCCCGUCUUCCCCGGGCGUCCCGUCCUUCGUUGUCAUCGGCGCGAACGCUGACAGCAUGUACGUCCGCCUGAUGAACGCCGUCGGGCGGCCAGAUCUCACGGGGCCCGACUUCGCGCACAACCAGCACCGUGUCGCGCGCCAGCAGGAGAUCGAGGCUGCCAUCUCCGCCUGGACGCGCGAACACACGGCGGAGGAAGUCGAGGAGGUGCUCCAGGGAGUCGGUGUGCCGAGUGGGCGCGUGCUGAGUGUCAAGGAGAUCGUGGACAACCCGCAGGUGCGGGCGAGGGGACUCGUCGAGGAAGUUUGGGUGGGAGACAAGGAUGGGGAGAAGGGGUGGACCGUCAAGAUGCCGAGGGUGACUCCGGUGCUGGAGGGCUGCGAGGCCAAAACACGCUGGGCCGGUCCCGACUUGGGUCAGCACAACAGAGAGGUCCUCAUUGGUGAACUGGGGCUGGGCGAGGAGGAGUUGACUCGUCUCCAACGCGAAGGUAUCAUUGGGAAAUGCUGA